AUUAACAUGUGCUGCCUGAUAUUUGCGCUUUUCCUCCUUCUAUAUGUUGUUUAUAAAGUUUAUGAGUACCACAAAGGGAAAACUUCUGUUGAGAACAAAAAUAAUCGUCACGUCCUCAUCACAGUGUGUGAUUCUGGAUUCGGAAAUGAGUUAGCCCUUUUACUGGACAAGAAGGGUGUUCCGGUGUUUGCAGCUUGCCUUACUGAGAAGGAUGGAACAGAACUAAAGAAACAAGCGUCAUCACGACUCCGUGUUUUACAGCUUGACGUUACAGAUCAGGGCAGUAUCUGUAAUGCUGUGGAAUUUGUAAAACGUAAUUUGCCUAAAGCUGCUGACUUGUGGGGACUCGUCAACAAUGCUGGUCUACAGGUUUUGCAUGCACCUUUGGAGUUUCAAUCCCAUGAGGCGAUAGAAAAAUGUUUAAAGGUCAAUCUACUUGGUUCGAUUGACGUAACAAGGUCAUUUUUGCCUCUCUUGAGAAAAGCCAAAGGAAGACUUGUAUACCUAUCUAGUGACAGUGCUUUCAUAGAGUGGCCAUGUCGGACACCUUACGUCAUUAGUAAAUUUGGAAUUGAAGCUCUUGCAGAAUGCCUAAGACGAGAAUUAUAUCAAGUUGGUGUGACGACACACACAAUCCAACCAGGAUUAUUUAAAACCAGCAUUGUAGACCCAAACGAGAUGAAAUCUACUCUACAGAAGGCAUUUGACGAAGUAGACGAAGAAGUGCAACAAUUCUAUGGACAACAAUGGUUAAAGAAAACAAAGGAGUCGUUCGAUGGGAUACCAAAGAUUCAAUGUAAAGAUCUUUCCCAGGUGACAAAUGCCAUCUACCACGCCCUAUUCUCUGUAAUGCCAAAAAGACAAUAUAGGUGUGGAGCUGACUGUAAAUAUUAUUUCUACCCCAUAUCUCUGUUACCGGAAUGGUUCAACACAUGGUAUUCCACCGCCGGACGCAGUCACAAAAGUUCAUGA